UCCAAGAUUUUUUCCUCCUCUAUUUAUUAUUUUUAUUUAAAAAAAAAUAAUUGAAGGAUUCUUUCCUUGAUCCCCUCCCCCAAAAAUAUCUCAAAAAAGUCCCUAUUUUAAUUUCGUUUUUUCUCCUCCCGCAGAUAUUUUCACCCCAACUUUCCCCCACCCCCACGCGCACCUCUACUCUAUACCAUUCUACCCGCUCCACUUUAUGGCCAUCGGACGCACUACACUCGCCGAUCUUUCCACGUGUCUAUCAAGCCCCGCGAGUACAUCCCCGCCGCCCCAGACGAUACGUCGGUGAAGAAACUCAAAAAUUCUCCGUUGCGUGUCCUAUAUAAUUAACCGGGACCUGACACUCGCCUAGAAAGUGCAAAUUAAGAUCUCAGUCCUCGGACCAUCUUGGCCACUCCCCGGCGGCAAGAGUGGAUUUCCGGCGGCCGGCCAUGGAGUCGAAGGAGUACUGGAGGUGUGCUCCCGGAGGCGGCGGGCAGUGGACGAACGAGAAGCACGUGCAGUUCUUAAACUACAUGGAGGCUUCGUUCGUCGAAACAAUGUUUGAUGCAGAUCGUGAUCAUCGGGGUCUACCUCUCCGGCUGGACCGGUACUUGCCGGACAGUUCCGAAUCAACCCUCGACUCGCAAAUGCAGAGAAGAAGAAAGCAUGCAACCAAGGGAGGAGGAGGUAGCAGUAGCAGUAGCAGUAGCAGUAGCAGUAGCAGCAGCAGCAGCAGCAGCAGCAGCAGUACAACUGCUGGUAUGGAUUCGAGACAUAGAAAUGAGAGUGGCAAGACUUUUGACAAGAAAACCAGAAGACACUCAUCUCGCCAGCACAACUCCUCGCAAGAUCAGGUAUAUAUAUAUAUAUAUGUAUUAUAUCUAUUAUCCAGUCAAGUGAUAAGGUUAAAAUUAGACUUUUAUAAUCUCAAUUUGGAUUUUUUACUUAUGAUUUAUUUAUAAAAUUAUUAGAAAUGUGUCGCACACCAUAAUGUUUUCAUUGUUUGGUAUAGAACGGGAUGGAUUGAAAGAUUUAUUCAGAUGGAAGUUCGGAGUUAUAAAAAAUAUAUGUUAUCUAUCUAUAUAUGUUAUGUCUGCAUAUUUAGAUUAUGGUCUGAUCUGAUGCACUGUUUGGUUUGGAUUUGCAAAAGGUGGUCCCGCAGCUUAAGAACAGAACAGAGGAGAGAGACCACCCCUGAGGCUGAGGCUUCUGCUUCUGCUUCUGCUUCUGCUGCCAACUGAGAAAAGAUGAAGGGAUUCUUUUUGUAGUACUUUUUUCCUUUUCUGUUCUUUUCUUUUCUUUUCUUUGCUGUCUUUUUCCCUCUUUUGGGCUCUUUAGAAUGCCUUUUCUCUUUUCCUUUUUUUUUUUUUUGGUUUUGUUUUGAAGAUGUGUCUGGAUUAUUUGUAUGGUACUGAUUUGUGAUAUAUAAUUGAUUCAUGUUCAUAUA